CCAUCGUCAAGCGAUCGUGUUGGCAGAAGCGAUGGCGGUUCAACGAUUGUCAGCACCAGGAAUUAGCCACGUGUCUACCGUCGUCCUCUUCAGCGGUGAUAUUAGUGAGAUCAGCCCUCUACGACACACGGCCAUCCGGACGAUGCUAAGGGAGUGGGGCCAGCAGCUGGCAACGGAGUGGAAUCAGUGGCUUACGCGCCACGACGACAAUCUUGUCCCCACGGACGGCAUCGAAGUCGGAGGGCUUCGGACGGCUCGGCACGAGCCGGCGGUGGUGCUUCCGGAGCUCCUAGUCGACGAUCUCCCUCUCGAUAUCGUUUCGCAGUGCGACGAGAGCCCGGUCCCGCACAUCCUUUCGCCAACUUUAACGCCCUACCUACAGUGGUCGGCCUGCCUCGAGGAGCACAUAGGAAACAACAACCCGCCGUCGCAACGACAGUACCUGGACCCACGGGAGAUAAUCGACCUUGCCUUCUUUCAGCCUCGAACUGCCUCUGAAGACGAAGCGCUAACGCCAGAAGAGGAAGAAGAAGAGGGCGUAGAGGAAGGCGACGAGGAGGAAGAGGAAACCUCCGAAGAACCAGGGAGUUAUAGUGAAUACAGCGAGGAGGAGCCGGGCGAAGAGGAAGAAGAAGAAGAAGAAGAGGAGGAAUCCGAGUGGGAGACUUUGGGUGAAGAGCCGGACCGCGCAGAGACUCAAGAGGAGGAUCCCGAGGCGGCGCGAAGGAGAGAGGAGAUAGCAGCCAGGAAGCAGCCGCUGGAGUUCGCAAGCGGAGUGGAUCUGCCGAUCCCGAACGACCCAGCCAAGCAUCCUGAGCCGCCCAAGAACGACGAUGGGGACCUUGCUGCCGAGACUUCGAGCGCACCGGCCCGACGGCGACGAAGCCGAUCCCCCUCCCCUCCACCUCCGCCCGUCUACCAGUUCGAUCUCCACUGGAAAAAUGUUUCCGUCGCUUCGGCCUACGGUCGGCUGCGUGGCGAUGUCGAGGAUGAUGUGUCGAUUGCGAAGAUGCUGUACAGUUUUGGGACUGAAUUCGAUCCGGAGAUGAUAACGCGUCCGAAGCCAAUCGUCGGUGCCGUCCAAUUGUCCGACGUCGAUGUGCUUGGAGCAGACGGGAAGUGUUUCCGCUUGCGCAUCGUGGUCAGGGCCUGGAGCUUCUGGGAGUUUUUCGCACGCAUCAAGAAUCGCGACAGAGUGGGGACCACCAUCGCCACAGCCAGGUUUACAAGCCUGAACUCCCUGAACUCCAACACUGUUGAGCUGAUGGACGGAACUGACAUCGGCAGACAGUACAAGCGGCAUGGAAACCUCGCUCGAUUGCCGCCGAUUGUAGUGGCCGCCGACGCUGGGGGUUUGCAAGUUCGAUUUCAUCCUUGGGUGGGGGAUUCAAGAGAUUUGCUGCCAACGAUCUCGAGGUGAUGCAGCCACUCUUGGCCACUAGAUUGGAGAUCGCAGAGAUUAUACGGGUCGGCAUUUUCUUGAGCUUCCUCCCUCAAUCGGCUCCCAUUUUUGAUGAUAUCGGCAGACGGUACCAGCUUCGACUGUCUUCACUGCCAGAUGCCAGGGAGUUCAGGUACCGGCAAUUCAUGCGCGUCUUCAAGGGAUCUAUGUGGGAAGGACUGCCCGCGGAGCUGGCAAUGCGCAUCCUUGACUUUCUGCCGCCAACGCAGGCGUUUAUGCCCCGACCCACUGAUGGGAUGAGGCAGGGAGGAGACAGGGAAUUGGAGUGGCUCAUCCAACUGUCGUCGAAGGAAUCCUUUUAUGCUUUUCUGUGAAGGUGGAUGGAUGGAUGGAUGGAUGGAUGGAUGGAUAGAUGGACGGAUGGAUGGAUGGAUUGAUUGAUUGAUUGAUUAAUUGGGGUUAAUGAACUGAUUCUCGAAAC